GACCAACCAACUCGUCACCCAGGGCUGAGGAGACCACGCGUGGCCACCCCCGACCUCAGACACGGCGUGAAGCUCUGAGCAGCCGGUACUCUAUCGUUACUCGAACUGGUACCCUCGCGUCUUCUUUUGUGGCAUCGUGGAUCCAGGAUAUCCUGUUCCCGUCUCUGCGAACUUGGAAAUCAACCACCCAGUGAUCCCGCCCCGCUGACCCAACUCCAACUCCUCAAUCGCUGGGCGUGAGUCCAAGUUCUAUAUCUUCGCGAUGGGUAUGGUUCACGAUGCUCCUGGGAGCACUAGAUACGGCGUUAACACAACCCUUCGCAUCCGCAAACACGUACCCCCCGAACCCUUUACCGGCGACUACGGGGAAAGCCCCCGCCCACCCGUCGAUUGGAGUCGCUGGAAAAACCAGGAACCAUGGAAGGUUGACCGUGUCGAGUUUGCACUCGCGAACCCACCACUUGAGACGACACCCCCCGGCUCGGUCGAGCGCACCUUGACCGUGACGGGCGUGAAAACCAUCCGGGAUGGAGAUGGAGCCCACGUCGUCACCUGCUUUCUUGACGAGGACUCUUCCACCGAGUACGUCGCCAAGAUCUACGACGGGGUCGACUAUGACUUGGGAGACCCCGGGCCGAGCACCUAUGGCUACAAUGACUGUAUGUCCUUUGCCGAAAGGGACUACAGCAUCGAGGCCUGGGCCUACCGGAUCAUGCAACCCGUCAUCGGCGGGACGUUUGUGCCGGCUUACCAUGGGUCCUGGACCUUCCCCGUCGGCGAGCGAUGGGUCCGCAUGAUUCUCAUCGAACUCAUUCAGGGUGAAUGUAUGCUAGACAUGAUCAGGCGUGCCGAGGAUGACUUGGGGCUGAGAGUGGACUACACCCUGCUCCCGCCCGAAGACUUCCGUCUCCGCGUACUGAAGAACAUUCACGAGGCGAAGUUGUUCAUUUGGUGGCAGGCCGCUGUGCGACACGAGGAUGUCGUGCCACGCAACGUCAUGGUCAAGCCUGACGGCAACGUCGUCAUCAUCGACUUCAACAACGUGUACAUCUACGACUUCACCCCGAGCUACGACAAUCACCCGCGCACGAGGGAGGUGAACCGGUGGCCCUUACCGCCCUCCAUGAUCGAACGGCUCUGGCCCUUCCCGUUCGGGUAUAAGCUCGACUAUACAUGGAAACACUGGAUACCUCAGCGGUGGAUUGAAGAUCCGAGCGUGGCGGCCGAAUGGGUGGUGGAAACCUACCGUGACGACACCAGGUUUAGGCCACCUUCGGCAUUCUGGCUGAACGAUGAGUUGCACGAGGAGUCGGGUCCGAAAGCGUUACGCUUGUUAGAGAGCCUCGGUCGCAAGCCAGCCGCCAGCCAGUGCGCCGGGAGCUCUUAAUCCCCGGCGUUUGCGAGGAGGUAACGGAAGGAGUUCUUUCAUCCAGCCUACCGCGAUCGCGAACAGACAUCGCCGCAUUUCAAGUUAUACAUUUGUGGGGGUCAUUUGUAACUACCGAGAUCAAAGAUUUGCCAGGACAACCUGGGUCUUGACAAACAACAGCCUUGAUCAUUGCAGAAAUGGACUUUCUUAACGAAA